AUGUCAGAAGAUCGUCCUCGCUACUCCGCCGAAAAGCAUGAUGUCGAAAGCAAUCCAGAAAAAGGCGAAAACAAUUUAAGCGAUCAUAAUGUCGUUCAACAAGAAGAAGAAAUACACGCUUCCGACGUUCCAUGGACGUUUACACGUGUGAUUGCAAUCAUUUCACUUUGUAUCGUUUAUGUUGGCGCUCAAGCAAUUUUGUACAUGACCGGUGGAACGCUCACAUAUAUCGGACGUAGCAUUCAUUCAGACUUUGCCAAUUGGCUACUCACUGCAAACACAUUGGCAGUAACGGCAAUCGUACCAUUUGUAGGCUAUAUCACGGAUCUUUUGGGUAGACGUUAUAUUGCUUGUGCCGGUAGUGUAUUCUUAAUCAUCGCAAGUAUCGUUCAAGCAACUUCAACAUCACUUGGAUCAUCCGUAGUUGCACAAGCGAUAGGUGGAAUGGGUGCAGGUAUUUGCGAAUUGACAGCUUUAGCAGGUGUCGCUGAAAUCACACCUGUCAGAUGGCGUGGAGUAAGUUUGGCCGUCGUAACAUUUUCGAUUUUACCGUUCAUCCCUUAUAUUCUUUAUAUAGGUGAAUUGGUUGCCCAUUCUACUUGGCGUUGGGCUUUGGGCAUUGCAGCAAUCUGGAACGGUGUAGGUACGAUUGGUAUCUUUUUAGCCUAUCAUCCUCCACCACGUCAUAAUGUUGACGGUCUUACGCGAAGUGAAAUUUUCAAAAGGAUCGAUUAUGGUGGCGCUUUCCUUUCGAUUGCCGGUGUUACCUUGUUCUUGACAGGCUUGCAAUAUGGUGGUUAUCAAGUCCCAUGGGUGAGCGCAACUGCUCUCGUUCCACUUAUCCUUGGUGCAAUUUUAAUCGUGGCAUUUGUCAUUUAUGAAAUUACCGUUCCAAAAUAUCCAAUGGUACCUUCAGAAAUUUUUAAAGGUCAACGUGUCGUUGCGAUCGCAUACAUUGUCGUCUUUUUGGCAGGAAUGGAAUUUUAUUCGGUUUUAGGAUUUUUCCCUUUGAUGUUAACUUCCCUUUGGCCUGCUUCUCCUGAAUUAACAGGCGCUCGUGGAGUUGGUUAUCCACUUGCAAUCUUGGUGGGAGCAUGUGUUGUUAGUGCAGCACUUUCUUAUUCUCGCGGUCAUGUUCGAGCUCUAUUUGUCGUUUCGGCCGCUCUUAUGACCGCAUUCGCAGGUGCUUUGGCUUCUUCAACUCCAUUCAAUCCUACUCGUUCAACAGUCUUUGCUACUUUGGCAUCACUCGGAAUCGGAGGUGUCAUUGUGCCAGCAUUGACUGUUGCAUUGUAUGCCUGCCCUGAUGCUUAUAUUGGAACAACGGCCGCUCUUUCACUUGCCGUGAGAUUUUUGGGAGGCUCAGUAGGAACAACUAUUUACUACAACAUCUUCAACACAAAUUUCAAGACAAAAUUCCCCGAAUACGUUGGAACAGCUGCCGUUCAAGCCGGCUUACCGGCUGCCGACGUACCUGCAUUUGCACAAGCACUUGCAAGUGAUUCAACAGGCGCAGCAGCCUUGAAAGUUCCCGGUGUAAACCUUCAAAUCCUUCAAGCUGGUGGCUUAGCCGCUCAAUGGGCUUUGAAUGAUUCUCUCAAAGGUGUUUGGUAUGCAAGUGUUGCCGUUGGUGGUUUAUGCGUAAUUGCUGCUGCAUUUUUGCCAAACAUUCGUAAAUAUAUGUCUGAUCGUGUAGCCGUGGAUCUUCAUUGAUUGUAUUCAAUACAAAUUGUAUAUAUGCUGUCUUUCUUCUUCUGUCAAUGCAUUCUAUCUCUCUGGCUUUCAUGAAAACGUGAUUGACAUUGCGAUCGUAACAAUGAUGGUAUCGUAUGAAUAAUCUGAAGCAAAACAAAACAAGAGACCUGUGGGACACUACACAUUCUCUCCCUUUACGAAUGAUCGGCUGCCGUAUUUUCACUUGGGGCUGCAGUGCCUUCACUUUCAGUUUGAUCAGCUUUUUGUGGUUGUGUUGAUGCAUUUGCGUCUCCGUUUGU